UUCUGGACAUUCUUCUCUUCUGAGCUUUCGAGAUUUAUUUUUCUUAUUUUCUUUUUCUGUAUUCUAUUUCUCAUCUUUGUCCUUUACACCCAAAAGAAUUUUCUUUACGCUUUUUGGCUUUUCAAUUCAAUCUCCCCCAAAACCAUAAAUUUAUGUGAUUCCAACCAAUUAUAUUCUAAAUUCCGAUCUUUUAUUAUUUUCAAUAGAAUUUUGGUUUUCAACAAUGGGUGACAUGAAAGAUAAGGUGAAGGGGUUCAUGAAGAAAGUCAACAACCCUUUCUCUUCUUCAUCAUCUGGUAAAUUCAAGGGCCAAGGUAGAGUCUUGGGAUCUGCUUCUUCUUCUCAACCCGCUAAUUCCACUCCUACCGUUCGCCCCACUCCUACGCAGAACCCUAAUUCGAAACCCACUUCAUCUGCAACCAAUCCCAGACCCAUGCCACAGAAAACGGAGCAUGACAGAACUACCGAGAAGCCUCGCAAAGAUGAUGGGUUUGACCCUUUUGAUUCUUUGGUCACUUCAUCAAAGAGAUCUCAAAAUGGGUAUUCACUGAAUGUGUAUGAAUGCCCGAUUUGUAAACAGCCCUUUGGAUCUGAAGAUGAGGUGUCUGUACACGUGGAUAGUUGUUUGAGUGAGCGUGGAAGUGAUGAUCAAAACGGGGUCUUAGAGAGUGAAGCUGGAUCUAAUAGUGAAAUUGAAUUAGAUGUUUGUGUUGGUUCUUACAUUUCAGGGAAGCCAUCUGAAGGAUCAGUUGAUGUUGUUCUUAAAUUGUUGAGGAACAUUGGUAGGGAACCCGAGAAUGUCAAGUUUAGGAAGAUUAGGAUGAAUAAUCCUAAGAUAAAAGAGACUGUUGGUGAGGUUACCGGUGGAGUUGAGUUGCUGAGCUUCAUUGGAUUUGAACUUCGGGAGGAAAAUGGAGAGACGUGGGCGGUGAUGGAGGUUCCGACUGAGGAGCAAAUAAAAUUGAUUAAGAAAGCAAUAGUGUUACUAGAAUCACAACUGGUACAAGGACCUACAAAGAGUGGGAAUUCGGUGUCUGCAACGAAUGCUGAGAUAGAUGCAAAGGUUGAACCCAAGCCGGUUGACAGACAGGUGAAGGUCUUCUUUGCCGUCCCUGAAAGUAUCGCAGCUAAAAUUGAGCUACCAGAUUCCUUCUAUAACCUUUCAGUCGAAGAGGUGAGGAGAGAAGCUGAAUUGAGGAGAAAAAAAAUUGCACACUCUCAGCUAUUAAUCCCUAAAUCAUUUAAAGAAAAGCAAGCAAAAGCUGCCAGGAAGAGAUACACAAAAGCAAUUAUCAGGAUUCAGUUUCCAGAUGGAGUUGUACUUCAAGGUGUAUUUGCUCCAUGGGAACCAACUACUGCUCUCUAUGAGUUUGUCAGCUCUGCAUUAAAAGAACCAGGUUUGGAAUUUGAGCUAAUGCAUCCUGUACUCGUCCAACGGCGCGUGAUCCCUCAUUUUCCAAAAGCAGGGGAAAAUGCUAGAACAAUAGAGGAAGAAGACCUGGUACCUUCUGCUUUAAUCAAGUUCAAGCCCAUGGAAACAGAUUCUGUUGUUUUCUCUGGUCUCAAAAAUGAAUUGCUUGAAAUCAGUGAACCCCUCGUAAAUGGUUAGGCAAUUGCUUCUAAUUGAACUCUAUUGGUUCGUUCUUUUCAUAUUAUUAUUUUAUUUUUAUUGUUGUGGAUAUAGAUACAGUUUAUUAUACUCAUCUUUAAUUUAUAAUUUCUAAGAAACUAUAUAAUAGUCUGAUACAUGUUAAUUCAAAUAAAUCACUAUAAUGAAGCAUUUAUUUCUGAGC